AUGUCCAACUCGGAUAUCGGUGAUCCUUUUUAUACUACAUUCAUUGGACAUUUGUGUUCUGAGACAAAGAAUGAAAUAGUGUCUCUUUCCAAAGAACCGAAGAGUGAUGAAGUGAGAAACCUCGGAAAAAUGCUCCGGACACAAGAUUUUCAGAAGUUUCAAGAAGCUUCUACGAUAUGGAAAGCUUCAAAACCUAUCUGCAACAUCAAAAGGUUGUUCCCUUUCUCUUUGGAUGACAAGGAACACCAGUGGGAGAAGACUCUCCCAAGUGACACUGUCACUACUUGGGAAGAGUGUAAGAGAGCUUUCCUAGACAAGUUCUUCUCUACUUCAAGGACAGCUAAGAUCAGGAACGAAAUCUCUGGGUUUCAACAGAAAGGUCUAGAGAGCUUCAGUGAAGCAUGGGAUAGGUUCAAGGGAUAUUGGUCUCAAUGCCCUCAUCAUGAUUUCAGCAAGGAGAGUUUGCUUAGCACCUUCUACAGAGGAGCUCUACUACAGUGCAGAAACAGGCUUGACACUGCCAGCAAUGGUUUCUUCUUGGGAAGAACCGAGGAAGAGGCAGAGGAACUGGUAGAGAACAUGGCUAAGAGUGACUUGGUCUACAGUGAGGAGCGUGAUAGGGUCAACAUAAGUGAUGAACAGCAAACAAAGAAAGAGAUCAAGUCCUUGCAAGAGAAGAUGGACUUGCUUCUUUCCAACCAAGCUAAGAAAGAGCAGAUGAACUUUGUGGGUGGUCCUAUUCAAGAGGUUCCUCCCAAGAUCAAUGAGGUUGAUGGUUUGGAAGGCCAAGAAGAGAUGUGCUUCAUCAACAACAAUGGUUCUUGGUACAGGAAAGAGCAUAACUUUCAGUACAACAACUACCACCAAAGAUCCUGCUCUAACAACCUGCAAGGAGGAUACCAGCAGAAGCAAAACACUCAGCAAGGGAGCUAUCAACCUAGACAAAACACCCCUCCUGGUUUCAACAAUAACAACAAUCAGUCUACUCAGGCUCAAGGAAGUUCUUCCCAAGAUUCAGCUUCAGAUACAAGUGUGGAUGCAAUGUUAAAGAAACUUUUGGAUUUUCAGCCAAGUCGCCAACAAGGGGCAUUACCUGGAAAGCCAGAGCAAAAUCCCAAGGAAAGAAUGAAAGCAAUCACCCUAUGGAGUGGUAAAGAGUUACCUCCAAGAAUUCUCACCAAGGAUGGUGAAAAGCAAGAUGGGGAGGUGGCUAUCAACAUUGAUGAUGAAGUGGUGAUUGUAAAUGAGAAGAGGACAGUGAAACAUGGUGAAACUGCUACUCCAACAAAGAAAUCCUCUUUUGUUCCUCUUCCCUAUGAGCCAAAACUACCAUUCUCUGAGAGAUUCAACAGACAGCUAUUGGAGAAGUACAAGACACUCUUUGAGAAACAAAUGAGUGAAGUUCAGAUCACAAUGCCCAUCAUUGAUGCUUUUAUGUUGGUUCCUCAGUACAGCAAAUUCUUGAAAGAUGAUGUAGCUGCAAAGAAGAAAGAGAUGGAGGGCAUGAUGAUCCUUACCCACGAGUGCAGUGCCAUUAUCCAGAGGCUAGAUGUUCCAAGGAAGCUAGUGGAUCCAGGAUGUUUCACCUUACCUUGUGCUCUAGAACCCAUGGUGUUUGAGCGGUGUCUGUGCGAUCUUGGAGCUAGUGUCAUCUUGAUGCCUUUGUCUAUUGCAAAGAAGCUUGGAUUUACUCAAUACAAGAAGUGUAAACUCUCUUUGGUGUUGGCUGAUAGAUCAGUGAAGAUUCCUGUUGGUAUCUUAGAAGACCUUCCCUUGAUGGUUGGUAACUUUGAGAUCCCUACUGAUUUUGUUGUGUUGGAGAUGGGGGAGGAAGCCCAACUGGAGCUAUUGUGA